AUGGCGACAGCGUCCAGCAGCAGGGGCCCGGCAUCAUCCGAGGAUCCGGCCGCGGCUUCCUUCUUCCGGCCUCGCCUGUGGGCGACCGCAAAUCUUCCGGAGCCCUGCAGCAGCCUACCUGCCCACUUCCAAGACCUGAUGGAGGUGGCCGCCGAGCUCGAGGCGCGCACGGCGAAGCGAGGCAGCACUACCCCGUCCAAGCGGCGUGCUAAGCCGAAGGCGCCCGCCUCGCCACAGAGCUGCUUCACGCCGAGGAAACCGCGACGCUGGGCACCGCAGCAAAGCUGCACCUGCCGCCGCCGACACUUCCGGAAAGCGUCUUGCGCCGAGACUCUGAGGCACAUGAACAUCCGGCUGUGGAGGCAGAAGGUAAUGGAGGGUGAGAUCUCUUCCGAGAUUCGCAGCUUCCUGACGAGAAAUCGGCAGGUCACAUCACUGCCGGAACUUCGGGAUGCGCUGAAUCAGAGUCCAGAAGCGCGGCGCCGUGAGGUCACGUCACUGCCGGAACUCCGGGAUGCGCUGAAUCAGAGUCCAGAAGCGCGGCGCCGUGAGACCAGCGAAGUCCUUGACACCGCCGCGCCGACUCCUGGCGAGGUACAGGGAGACCAGGUGGCGGCAACGCAGGUGGACGAGGACACCGCCGUCGAGGACUCCGCCGUGGCUGCCCCCAUGACGCCACCCAGCGCGCCGGCGGAGAGCGAGCCAGAGGAGGCCCUUGCCCUGGACGAAGAAAUGCCUCCGGCGGCAGAAGAGCCGGAGGAGGCCCCCGAUGCGGUCGACACCGCGAUGCAGUCGACCGAGCCGCCUGCUUGGGAGCUUGAGGAGGAGGAGGCUCACUUGCCGCCAGCACUGCACGAAGCCUCCCUGAUCGGCGAGCUGGAUGUUCCCGGGAUCCAAGUGCCUGCGGCUUAG